UCUCAUUUCAGAUAUUAAAUUUAAAAUUAAAUUUUUCAACAAUAAUUAAAUAAAGAAUAACAAAUUAAAAACAAAACGGAACAAUGAAAACAUCGUGACUAUACGCCGCCAUAUUAUAAAAAAACAAAUUAAUUGUUUUUUUAUUUACAAAAAAAAAAAUCAAAUUUAGCAAACUAAUUUUGAAGGCCUAUAUACUAAUUAUUAAAAACUUUUGGUUUUUUACAUUAUUAUUUUGGCUUCAUGGGCCAAUAUAGGAAACAACAUAUUCAAAUCAACAACAACAACUGCUACUUGCUCCAAUACAAUAAUUAUUAUGCAAGCGGAAAUUUUAAGAAACAAAUUAAAAGAUAGCAAAUUACAUCAUAAAGUAGUUAAGAAAAAAAAUUAAAUUCACGAAAUUUAAAAAUAAAAAAAAAAAAGUUACAAAAAUUUAAGAAAUCAUAAAAGUAUAAGCAACUACAAACACCUAUUUGAAAUAAAUCAAUUUUACAUCGAAUUAAUUUUAGAAAUCACAAAAUAAAAAAGAAAACGAAAAUAAUUAAGGCAAAAAGAAAGAGAGGAGAUUGUAUGCAGAAAAUUCACCAAGACCUUUUAGAAAAAGUUUUGAAACAAUUUUUUGGAUAAAACCCGAAACCGAAUACAAAUUAAAUAACAAAUUGAAAGCUGAAACGUUAACAAAGUGGCACGAAAACUUUCAACAGUUUGAAGGACUUUAUAAAUGGUCAGAGGAAUAUGAGAUGAAGUGGUUUCAAGUGGUAAUAGAUAUGAUCCUCGUGCUAUCAUUUAUAACGACAAGCACAUCGAAUCCUGAUGCAAAACGACUUUACGACGAUCUACUUAGUAAUUAUAAUAAAUUAGUUCGCCCAGUUGUAAAUGUUACAGAUGCUUUAUCAGUUCGUAUUAAAUUAAAAUUAUCACAAUUAAUUGAUGUGAAUCUAAAAAAUCAAAUAAUGACAACAAAUCUUUGGGUAGAACAAUCAUGGUAUGAUUAUAAAUUAAAAUGGGAACCAAAAGAAUAUGGUGGCGUUGAAAUGUUACAUGUACCAUCAGAUCAUAUAUGGCGGCCGGAUAUUGUUCUUUAUAAUAAUGCCGAUGGUAAUUUUGAAGUAACACUUGCAACUAAAGCAACUUUAAAUUAUACAGGACGUGUUGAAUGGCGCCCUCCAGCUAUUUAUAAGAGCUCAUGUGAAAUUGAUGUUGAAUAUUUUCCAUUUGAUGAACAAACGUGUGUUAUGAAAUUUGGUAGUUGGACAUACGAUGGAUUUCAGGUGGAUUUAAGGCAUAUCGAUGAAGUAAAUGGUACAAAUGUAGUUGAUAUUGGUGUUGAUCUUUCUGAAUUUUAUAAAUCAGUUGAAUGGGAUAUAUUAGAAGUUCCUGCUGUACGAAAUGAAAAAUUCUACACAUGCUGCGAUGAGCCCUAUUUAGAUAUCACAUUUAAUAUUACAAUGAGACGAAAGACACUGUUUUAUACGGUCAACUUAAUUAUUCCUUGUAUGGGAAUUAGUUUUUUAACAAUUUUAGUUUUUUAUUUACCAUCAGAUAGUGGAGAAAAGGUAUCAUUAAGCAUAUCUAUUCUGCUCUCACUGACUGUGUUCUUCUUAUUGCUGGCGGAAAUUAUUCCCCCGACAUCAUUAGUCGUACCACUUCUAGGAAAAUUUGUGCUAUUUACAAUGAUACUUGAUACCUUCAGUAUAUGCGUCACUGUAGUUGUACUGAAUGUUCAUUUUCGCUCACCACAAACUCAUACAAUGGCCCCGUGGGUACGUACUGUGUUCAUAAAUCAUUUGCCACGAAUAUUGGUGAUGCGGCGACCACUAUAUCCAAUAAGCGAGAUGAUACAAUCAUCACGACGUUUGAUGGUAAGGACGUGCAAUGGACUGGAAUUGAGGGAUCAAAUACCACCGCUGCCGCCACCAGUUGCCUUGUCAAAAUUACAUCAAAGUCCAAAAGCAACAUCGAGAAGUACCUCACCAAAUUUACCAAGAGUACAAAAUAUCAAUUUAAUGGAUGAUAUACUGCCACCUCCACCAUUUCCAACAUCGAUGCAAACACAAACAGUACAACAACAAAAUCAACAAACAUCAACAACAUCAUCAUUAUUAGAAGAACAUUUUGGUCAACAUAAUCAAUAUCAACAAACUGGUGGUAGUUUAUUAGAUCAUCCAUUAACACCAACAAGAACAAAUAUUAGACAAACGGCAUCAACAUCAUCACAAACAAUUACAUCAACUUUAUUAUUACAACAUCAAAAUAGCAUAAAUAGUAGUAAUCAACAUACACAUCAUUCACAUCAUCAUUUAACAAGGCAAUUGUCAACAACAUCAUCAACAUUUUCACCAGUACCAUUACAUCCUCAUCAACAGCAUCAAUCGACGACAACUAGCGAUUUAUUAGGUAAUAUCAAUAAUAUUAGUUCAAGUACUAAUGUGAUAAAACCAGCGACUAGCACAACAACAACAAUGACUGCAGCUAGUGUUGUACCUGAAUCAUCGACAACAAGUCAACAACAACAGCAGCAACAGCAGCAGCAACAACAGAUACAACAACAAUAUCAACAACAAGUAGCACAAAAAUCUUGUCAUGUAAGGCAUAGAUGGCAUGUUUGUCCUGAAUUACAUAAAGCAAUGGAUGGAGUUAACUAUAUUGCAGAUCACACUAGAAAAGAAGAAGAUAGUACUAGGGUUAAAGAAGAUUGGAAAUAUGUAGCAAUGGUAUUAGAUCGUCUAUUCUUAUGGAUAUUUACAAUUGCUGUAGUUGUUGGAACAGCUGGAAUAAUAUUACAAGCUCCAACAUUAUACGACACCAGAGUACCAAUUGAUAUAAAAUUAUCUGAAAUUGCGACUACAACAGCUAAACCUUACAUUGCCAAAACUGUGUUAUAAGUAUAAUUUAUAAUUAGAAACAAAAAAAAAAUAUAAUAUAUGAAAACAAGGUAAAGUAGACAAAAAAAAUUUAAUUAAAUAAAAUAACACAAAUAAAAUAAUAAAAUAUUUUCAAAGAAAAAAAAUUAUAUAUACAUAUUAAAAAAAAACCUAAUACAUAAAUAGUUAAUAAAAAUUAAAAAAAAAAUAUAUAUAUACAUAUAUAUAUAUAUAUAAUUAUAUACUAUACAAAAUACCAAAGUAAAGGAAGCUCGUUCGGCACAUUACCUUAAAAAAUAAAUAAAUUUUUGAAUUUGUGUAGGAAAACAAGAACAACAGCAGCAAAACCAAAUUUAAAAUUUAUGUAAUUUAUAACAACAUAAAAAAUAAUUGUACGAAACCAAAAAUUUAUUAAAAAUUAAAUUAAACUUGAAAAUGACUGCAAUUUUAAAAAAACUUUCACCAAUCAAUAAAGAGUUUUGAAUUUAAGUAUAAUUAACAUUUUAAUUCCAUAUUAAAUAUUUUAUUAAUAAUAACAAAUUAAUUAUUUUUAAAUAAAUUCAUAUAAUUUGGAUGGUUUCGGUCUAGAUAAGAGCAACUGCAGCUAUCUCAAGCUUUCACCAAACCAAUAGCAUUUGCUAUAAUUAAAAUGAAUAACCUCAAAUGAUGCACCUGACAGAAUAUGGGUGUCAAAUGUCAGCGUAUUAUUGUUAAUUGUAAAAUUCAGUGCAUUUUUAAUUUACAAUUUUCUUCAAUCAUAGUAAACCACAACAGAAUUAUAAUUAUGUACUUUUGAACUAUAUUAUCAGAAGUUCUUAAAGAUGACCUUCUAUGGGUGAAAGAUGUUUUAAUCUUUAAAAAAAAGCGUUGUAAGAUAGAAUUUGAAAGGAAAAAAUUUUACAGCAAAACAAUGUAAAAAGUUUGAAACUUGUAACUGGAAUGAAAAAAUUGGAAGCUGCUGAAGAUGAAAAAUGAACUUACCCAAAUAAUAAUUAAAACAUUUUCUUUUGUAGUUAUAAUUUAAUUUUCUUUAUUUUUGGUUUUGAAAUGAUUCCUUAUUAUAAUAAAAGCCCCGAACAUUAUAUGAGCUAGUUUUAAAUUUUCUUUUAAUUAAAAUUUCCAAAACGAUCCUGUUCAUGCAAAAUUUUUUAGUAUUUUACAAUUUUUAAAAACAAAAUGUUUUUCCUAAUAAUUUUAGAGGGCACUUUUAGAAAACUGUACAAUUUUAACUUUUAUACAGUCGCAGAUUUUCAUGUUGCAAAUAAAUCAAACAUAUUACUUGUUCUCCAAAGAGAUUUCUAGAUCAUUCAUUAUUGUUCAGCAAAAAAUUUUAAUUAUGGUCCUCGAAUUUGAGGUAGAAGGGUUUUUUGCGACCUUUGUCAUUAUAAAGACCACUAUGGAUUCGGUGCUUUCAUUUAAAUGAUAAUUCAUAAUAUACAUCUCUUUGCAGUAGUGUUGCAAUGAUUUGGUUAUUUCUGUUGUUAAAAUAAUUUUCGAAUUCAAUUCGAAUUUUAACCAUUACUUCAAACCGUUUUUUAAUUCAAAAAUAAAUUUGACUGACAAAAACUGUUAUUAAAUAACCACUGUUAUUUAAUAACCACUCUUAUUUAAUACAUUAAAUAACUUGGAUUUAGUCACUGACUUUAUUUUUCAUUUUAUA